AUGCCUAAACCAGAAAUAAUUUCAUUUGAUGGUAAUCCAUUUGAAUACUGGAAUUUUACAAAUGCAUUUGAUGUUAAUAUUGCACGUAGGGCCACUGAUGACAGGGCCCGACUAACCUAUCUUAUUCAGUUCUGUACAGGUAAAGCUAAGAGUAGCAUUGAAAAUUGUGCGUCGCAGGGGUACGCACAGGCCAAGCUAAUCCUGAAGGAACAGUUUGGACAGCCACAUCUGAUUGCAAGGGCCCAUUUAAAGAAGGUUUUGAAUCGACCCCAAAUUAGACCUAAUGAUGGUCCUGGAAUGUGGGACUUAGGCAGAGAUAUGAGAAGAUGCCAAACUGUGCUUGAACAAAUGUCUUAUUCUGCAGAUAUGAAUAGUUUUCGAAAUAGUUCAGACGAAAUAGGCUAA